AUGAACAGAGGAAAACCCGUGACCCGUGAGCCUCAGAUCAAUCCCCAGUCGGUGUCUUUCAAGCCAACCGACUUGAUCAUUCCGGAAUCACUUCAAGAGAUGUUUCCUGAACAGGUGGAUUUGUUCAAGAAUCUACAAGACAAAGAAAAACAACUAGACCUCUUGGUCAACAGAAAAUUACUGGAUUUGCAGGAUUAUCAAAACAACAAUAUCAAUGGAGUCAUGGAAGACAGUGAUAAGAAUGAGAUCUUAAGGAUAUUCAUAUAUAAUAUAAGUGAGAACCAGCCAUGGCAGUUAGCUAAGCAGUCAGAGGACCAGUCAGAGGAGGCCAAAGCGAUCGCCGCAGGUUCAGCCCAAGCAGAUCCAAGCUGGACUUUACGUAUUGAAGGCCGGUUCCUCAAUGAUGAAGCAGCUGACAACGCUAGUCGCAAGAAGUUUAGCUCUUUCUUAUCAAGUAUUUCUGUAGAGCUUUUCAAGGGAGCAACGAAAGAGAAAUUGGAUGCCAACAACAUUAUCGAAUGGCAUGAUGAAUUGCAACAGAUCAAAUCAGAAAUCGAAAGAGAGGAACAACAGUUUGAUGGCUUAGAUAUCAAGCGUGUGGGAAGUAGUAUUCCUGGAAAUCCAACGGAAGAAGUGAGCUGUCAGAUCCUUAUUCAGCCAAAAAUGUACCCUAUCAAGUUGUCGAUAUUGAGUAAAGAUUUGGUCGAAUUGUUGGGGACUAAUGAAAUUACUCAGCAUGAUUGCUUUGUUAAACUUUUCAACUAUAUACAAGUGAAUGAUCUGUUCCAAUUUGAUCAGGACAAGAACCUGCAGCAGCAACAAAACUCAAUUCUUAUCAAGUCAGACGAUGCCUUGUUGAAGAUUUUCCAAUUGGAAAAGUUCAACGUGCCUCAAAUGCUGGAUAUAAUUUCUACCAGAUUGUUGAAGCCUGUAGAGCCAAUAAAGUUGAAUUAUACCGUCAACACACUAACAAACUCCACUUUAGGAGACAUGAUCAUUGAUCUGAAAAUUAAUUCUGAUUUGUUGAAUAAAUCUUCCGCUGGAGGGGCCAACAAGAGUGUAAGUGACUUAAUUAAUGAGUUGAUGAAUAAUCAAGCCAACUCGAUCGAGGUCAACAAACUCAAUGAAAACAUAAGUUUGACUUUACAAUUAUUGAAUUAUAACAAGAUCAAGUAUGACUUCUAUAAGAAGUUUAGUGAAGAUCCUGUAAAGUUUCUUCAGAAAAUCAAUGAUAAGAACCAUGAGUUUCUCAAGAUUAUUUGCAGUGAUUCUGUUGGCUACAAUACUAAUGAGUACAUUGAUGAGGAGAUUUUCAGGAAGAGUGAGUAUUACAAGGAUAAUAUCAUCUCAGAACAGGUGAAUUUGUUAUUGAGUAGUGGAAGGCUGUAG